AGUCGCUGCCGCGUAUAAACGUGCCUGUGAUGACAUGUUUCGACUGCCAGCCAAGAGGCCAAAAGUUUUUGGGUUCAUCGAAAGCGUGGUCCACGAAUACAACGACGAAGAGUUUCGCAGGCAUUUCAGACUGUCACGAGAAGUCGCCAACACGCUGACAGCAGGCUUCUCUGUUUCGCCGAUGUGCCCUUCGAGCGAUCACGGUGGUGUACCAGCGAAGUCAGCGGAGUCCCAUGUCUUGUCAUUCAUCUGGUAUGCGGCUAACAAGUCUAGCAUGAGGAAUGUGGCAAGCACGUUCGACCUGGCAGAGAGCUCUGUGCAUCGUAUGCUGCACAGGGUUGCAGAUUUCAUCAUUGAAAUGGGACCAACUGUCCUUACGUUUCCUGAUAACAUGGACAAGCUGUCUAGGGAUUUUGAGAAGCUGUCUGGGGUACCUGGUGUGGUUGGCUGCAUAGAUGGAUCCUACAUCAAAAUCCAGUGCCCAAAGAAGAAGGUUGCAGCUACAUACUGCAACAGGCAUCACUACCUCUCCAUCACUCUACAAGCAGUCUGUGACAACGGAAGACGUUUUGUUGGUGUACUUGUAGGGAGCUCAAGCAGAACCCACGACGCACGUGUUUUCCGCCAGUCAUCUUUGGCCACUAAGCUUCCAGGCCUGUGUCAGGGUGACAAGUACCAUCUCUUGGGUGACGCAGCCUAUCCUUUGAGACAAUAUCUCCUGACACCCUACAGAGACUAUGGGAACCUCUCAAAAGCCCAAAGGGAGUUCAACAAGAAGUUCUCAGCAACCCGUGUGCUGAUAGAGAAUGCCUACAGCAGUUUGAAGAAACGCUUCCAUCAACUCAUGUACUUGGAGCUGCACACGGUUGAUUGGCUCAACAAAUUUAUUCUUGCAUGCUGUGUUUUGCACAAUCUUUGCAUAGACGCAGGUGAUACAGUCCCGUACGAGACAGAGGACACUGAGGUGCCUGGCGACACUAACUCGAUCCACAGUGAUGGGGAGGCGAAUUUGACACUGGACACUGAAGAGGCUGCACUGCGCAGACUGGGAGAAAUCAAGAGAGAGAGAGAGAGUUGCAGCACAGAUGAGGCAACGUGA